AUGGCAAAGAAGGCCAAGUCGCGCAUCAUCAGCGUGCGACUCCUCUCCAUGGCUAUGACAGGCUACUUCUACACCUUCACCCGCCCACGGACAUCACUGCCCAUGAGCAUGAUCAAAUAUGACCCAAUCAGUACGAUCUCCCCCUAUACCUCCCAAUCCAGCCCGGCAGCACAUCACGAUAUCGGGCUCCAACAUGAGGGCAGGGCGAACAAGAGAGAUACCACGAACACCGCUUAG